CCCCAUCUUCCCCCCCCAAUCUUAUUCUCUACAUCCGUGCACUUAACCACUGUCGGACCUCGCUCGCGGAUGACGAGCGUCUGUACUCAUUUUACUGCUUGUGGUGCCUUUCGGAGUCUCUUCCCUGUCGCUGGUGAACGAAGACUCCCGAGCUUGGAUUUUAUCACUUAGGGGAUACAGAAUGUCGUGGCUCACAGCAGCAUGAACCCCUGCCCCCGAAGAAGCUGAUGCCAACAAUCUGAAGGAAUAUAUGCUGUGACGACUACCGGAAGCCUCCCCUUCGUUACAGUCAGUCGGCCGCCAGUUUUCUUGCUGGUUUGUCGACAUCGGAGGCUUUCCGCAUCCUACAACCUUAUAGCGGCGGAUCAGUCGGGACCUCCUUUUCACUCCCGCGCUCGCCUUUUAAUCAGGCCUACCUGCGCCCGGCAUACCCUUGAACCAACCUCCUAUUGCGGAUGGCUUACUUGCAAGAGGUGCCCCUGGCAGCAGGCCUGCUCACCGCGCUCGCCUCCUCCGCUGUUCCUACGCCGACACCCACACCGUAUCACUACUUCCCCUCCUCGUCCCAGCCUUCUCCGACGUUCACGUCCAGUCCCGGGUCUGACAAUGGCGAUGGUGGAAGUGGCGGAGGAAUGCACGAAUGGUCUUCCUUGAUUGGAAUCGUGACUGCGCUGGCGGGCAAUGUGUUGAUUUCCCUGGCGCUCAACAUCCAGCGCUAUGCUCACAUCCGUAUCGAUAAGGAGUGGGAGCAGGACAAGUUGAGAUACGAGUUGGAUUGGAAGCGUGCGAACCAUGGACACGGCAACUCUGGCGCAUAUGGAUCUGUCGAUGACGACGACUUUGACGGAGACGCAAGUCGAGGAAGACAUCGUGCGUCUCGACCGGGUCGUUACCGGGAUGAAUCUCCUACGUCUGAACCCGAUCAUUAUGAAGAACCCCGCGGCCAUUCCGGACGGACCCGCCGUUACAGGGACGACGAGACAGACUCACAGGAUCAUAUGCAGGACUCCAUGAUAUCCGACCGGACUGCGCGGUCGGGGAGUGAGCGUUUGCGUCGCAAAUCGUAUCUUCGAUCGCCGUACUGGUGGGUGGGAAUUGUGCUCAUGUCACUUGGCGAGGUCGGGAAUUUUAUGGCCUAUGGAUUUGCUCCGGCGUCUAUUGUGUCACCGCUCGGCGUUGUCGCCCUCAUCUCCAAUUGCGUUAUUGCGCCAUUUAUGCUAAAGGAGAAAUUCAGACAGCGUGACUUGUGGGGAGUUCUUAUCGCGAUCGCAGGAGCGGUGGUGGUUGUCCUCAGCGCAAAAUCGUCGGAAGAGAAGAUCGGCCCCCAUGAUAUCUGGGAGAUGAUUACGCGCUGGGAGUUCGAGUUGUACCUGGGCGUUUCCGCUGCGCUUAUUGUCGGGCUCAUGUGGGCAAGCGGCAAGUAUGGAUCGCGAUCGAUCCUGAUCGAUGUUGGCUUGGUGGCGUUAUUUGGUGGAUAUACUGCUUUGUCGACCAAAGGUGUCUCAUCGCUGCUAUCUUUCACACUUUGGCACGUCAUUACAUUCCCAGUCACCUAUCUUCUAGUCUUCGUCCUUGUCUUCAGUGCCCUUAUGCAGAUCCGGUACAUCAACCGAGCUCUGCAACGGUUCGACUCGACUCAAGUCAUUCCAACACAAUUUGUGCUUUUCACUCUCUCUGUGAUUAUCGGAAGCGCUGUACUGUAUCGAGACUUCGAGUCCUACACAGCUGAGCGUGCAUGCAAAUUCGUGGGUGGUUGUGUCUUAACGUUUAUGGGGGUCUACUGUAUUACCAGCGGCCGUGUACGCGCAGACAACGAGUCUACAUUCUCCAUUGACGACGAAGAGGAGGCUAUCGGCUUGUUGGGCGCAGACCGUUAUCAUGAUAGGGUCGAUCUAUCUCCCCCCGCUCCACAAGCUCGCGCCCAUAAGGCAGGACGAAAAGUCCGUACCCCGGCGGAGGAUCAUCUUCAGUCUCCUUCGGGGUCCCUCCUUAGUCAGGGCAUCGACGACGUGGAUGACGACCAGCGGACACCUAGGGGCGUCUUUUCGGCUGCGCCAUCUUCCCCACGCGGCUCGCUGACCGCUGAGUUGCUUGAAGAACCUUCUUCGGAGCCUUCCUCGCCUAUGCAUGCUCGUUCGCUUUUGACAAACCCAUGGGCAGACUCUCUAGAGUCGGCCAUCCAAACCCCCAAUACUGAACCACCGAUCCAUCGCCCUUCUACACCCCCGGCGCAGUCGGAGCUUACAGCACACGAUUCACCCUUUCUCCUUCGUUUCCCCCCUGCUCCUGGCGCUGAGGAUGAGUCGGCAGGCCCAACUUCGGGACAUGGACGGACUCAGUCGAACGUUCGGAAAGCGAUUGUCCCGCAGACGCCGCCCGCUCGGCAUUUACGCAACUCCAUUUCAAAAUUCUCACCUGGUCCUCUUCUGCCGACCAUCUCGGCUGGCUUUAGUGCGGUAGUAGCGGAGACACUACGCCGCGGCGAGAUUAGUCCCAAUAAAGGACGAAGACUACACCACCGGAUGGACCGGAGAAAACAGUUGAGCACGACAGUCUUGGAAGGGUUUACUCGGCAGCGUAACGGAGACGCAAGAGGCGGCGAGUACGAGGUGGAUGGCGAUGUUGAGAACGCUCACAGCCUUGGGUUCCCGCUUUCCAGCAGUCGACUUCCAGGGACUGGUGAUCUCACACCUGCUGUUGAUUCGGAGGACGGCCCCAUCAACCAGCAUGAAGACAACACUACCUCACUCUCGCGGCUUCGCAGCCUGAGUGACUCGUGGAGUGGUGGUCUCGCCUGGCUGGGUGGCGUUCUCCACAAACCGGGAGCGAACAGAGGAUCGGAGGCUACGACGAGCAUCCGAGAGAAUGAAGGUGAAGACGGUGCCGAGUCGCAGAGGAACCAAGACGGGCAGAGUACCGGCGCAGGUACGCGGGCGUAAUUUGAGCUCUUGACGGUGACUGGCUCACACCGAUUGUUAGUACAUACGUUUGUUUUUCUAUAGAUAAUUCACGGGUGGAGGCUGUCUCAUACCACUGCGAGCAUUAGCAUUCUUCGACUAUAUAGCCGUUUAAUAGAAUUUGAG